UUCGCGGCGCUCACGGCUCUAGCAGACGAGCAGAGCGGUAAUAGGCACUAGCACUCGUCUACACACACGCAUACACAAAACCUAUACAUCGAGAAUCGCCUGUGGGCUGUGUCUGUGUCUGCCACCAGUCAGCAGCUUAACUUUGCUGGCGACGCAUAAAAAGAAAGAAGAAUAUCAUCAAACGCAGUCACGUUUACGUCGUCGGUGUGUUCGCACGACUUCGCACUUGGGCCCGCAGAAAUAUUGUGCAAUUUGUCUUGAGGAUUUAACUCUAGUGGCUAAUUAAUCGAGAAAUAAGUAUACAAAGACAGGAAUAAUAUUCGAAGGGAACGAGCGAAAGUUCGCUCUGGUCAACAUGAAGGAGACGGUAAUCGCGCUAUACGCGAUCCUGGCUGUUGCAACAGCCAGGGUGGUGAUUAAUAUCGAAGGUCAAGAUACUCCUCAUUUGUUGGGAGCAAAAGCCUGUACAUGGGGACCAUCAUACUGGUGUCAAAAUUUAACAACUGCAGCGGGAUGCAAUGCAACAAAGCAUUGCAUUCCCAAAGUAUGGGAAAAAAUGCAGGUACCUGAAGAUCAUGACAGUGUUUGUCAAGUGUGCAAGGAUAUGGUUCAGCAGGCACGUGAUCAGCUAGAAAGCAACCAGACUCAAGAAGAUUUGAAAGCUGUUUUUGAAGGAAGCUGUGCCUUAAUUUACAUUAAACCAAUCGUCAAAGAAUGUGAUAAGUUGGUUGAUCAGUUCAUUCCUGAACUAGUAGAAACACUGGCAUCGCAGAUGAAUCCAUCAGUAGUUUGUUCAGUGGCUGGACUUUGUAACUCUGCUCACAUUGAUAAGCUCUUGGAGGAGUAUACAGAACAGUCUCAGAAUAAGAAAUUACAAUCUCCGAUUUCUUUAAACAACGAUGAGUACACUCCUGAUGAAUGUACAAAGUGCUAUACUAUUGCACAUCACAUGGAGCAGAAAUUUGGACAAAAAUCGCGCGAUAGUGUUUUGGAGCAACUUCUCAAUGUUUGUGGCCAGUUCAGCUCUUUCUCUGAUGCUUGCUCAUCCAUUGUCCUGACUAAUUUCGAGACAAUUUAUUUCCAUCUGAAAAAUAACUUGAAUGCUCCCAAUGUCUGUCAUCUGUCAGGUCAGUGCAGUGCCAAGUUCCAUACCCAUGAAGAUGAGUCAACUAAGACUCCAGAAGUUGAGAUACGUCCUCUAUCCAGUGUUGGUAUGGUUGAAAUUGGUGAUGAUUUGCCAUGCAAGCUUUGUGAACAGUUGGUUGCUCAUUUAAGGGAUUUGCUUGUUGCUAAUACAACAGAAACUGAAUUCCAAACAGUUCUUGAAGGACUUUGCAAACAAACAAAAUCAUUUGCUCCAGAGUGCAAAGCUAUUGUGGAUGAAUAUUAUCCACAGAUUUAUGCUUAUCUAACCAAAGGCUUGAACGGAAAUGCCAUUUGUCAGAUGGGUGGACUUUGCCCAGCUCCUGGAAAGAAGGUGGAACCGAUUUGGCCUCUGGUACCUGAAUCUCAUGCUAGAAUUGCUGUAAGAAUUAUGAACGAAAAGAAUUCCGAGCCUAAAUCAUUAGACGCUAGUGAAAUGCAACUACCCAUUGAAUUGACUAUGCCACUGAUGGGUCUUACAAUAGUUGAUGACAAAUAUUGCUCUAGUUGUGAAUUUGUUAUGAAUUAUGUAAAGCAAAAUGUUAGAGAUCUGAAAGACCAGGACGAGGUCAAAAUUGUGCUCGAUGAAGUUAAAAGUAGUCUCCCUGCAAUUAAAGGAGAGCCAGUUGAUGAAAACUUCUUAACCAAGUACGAAAUGGCGUUAGCCGAACUAAUUCGUCAAGGAAGAGAUCUUUCAGAGAUUUGUUCAUUGGUUGCUGCAUGUCCAACCAAUCAGCAAAUAGAAGCCUGGGAAAGAAUUCCUUCCGAGUUUGUAAAGAAAUCAUCAAUUGAAGACAAGCCCAACUGUCCUCUUUGCUUGUUUGCAGUCUCGAAGUUGUAUGAUCUUGUUAAAGAUGAUAAAACUGAGGCUAGUAUUGAAGCUGCACUGGACAAACUAUGCAAUGAGCUGCCGAAAAGUUUGAAUGGACAGUGCGUUGAUUUAGUGAAAAUUUACAGCAAAGAGCUUAUCCAAUUGUUACUCAAUGACAUGUCUCCUCAAGAAGUUUGUGCUUACAUAAAGCUAUGUGAUCCUCCACAAGACAGUAAGCCUCAGGCAUCUUUUGGGGAGAAAAUUAUUGCAGUACCAAAAAACGACGUUGAAGGAAAAGAAGCUUGUGCAUUGUGCGAAUAUGUACUGCACUACCUUCAACAAGCUAUUACCAAUCCUAAAGCAGAGGAUGAAGUAAAACAAGUAAUUAACAAAGUUUGCACUAAAUUACCAAAGUCUAUUCGAAAUGAUUGCAGUCAAUUCAUUGAUACUUAUGGCGACGCACUAGUAUCAAUUCUUGCUCAACAAAUCGAUCCAUCUGAGGUAUGCCCAAUGAUUCAUAUUUGUCCAUCAGCCCAAUUGCUUGAAUCUUGGAAAGAAGCAGACCACAAAGAGGAAAUGCUUGAAGUUAAGCUUGAGGAGAAACCAAACUGUCCUCUUUGUCUGUUUGGUGUAACGCAGUUAUAUAAUGCUAUUAAAGACAAUAAAACCGAGGCGUCUAUUGAAGCUGCGUUGGAAAAAUUAUGCAUUCAUCUUCCUCAAAGUUUGACAGACCAAUGUGAAACUUUAGUAAAGAAUUAUAGCAAACAGAUCAUUGAAAUGAUCCUCGCUGACUUAACGCCUCAAGAAGUUUGCGUUUAUCUGCAGCUAUGUGACCCAAACAAGAACGUCGAGCCUACGAUUAGUUUCUUUCCAUUAGACGCAGACGGCGAAAUAAUGACAAAUGAAAUUCCAGACUAUCCGCAAUACGUAGUAAACAACGAGAAAAGUACAAAAGUAGAGGAAGACGCUGAGUGUGUAAUCUGUGAAUUCGUCAUGCAGUACGUCGAAAAAGCCAUGAGCUCUCGAAAAACAAAGGAUGAGAUCGAACACAUGAUUCAUGGCGUCUGUAAUCAUCUUCCAAAGCACAUGUCUGAAAAGUGCAAUAACUUCGUCAAUGAAUACGCUGAAAUCGUUAUCGAGCUUCUGGCGCAAGAAGUUAGUCCGAAAGAAAUUUGUACGAUUGUCGAUCUUUGUAAGCCCGACACACGAAUACAAGAAUUUGUUGCAGAAUGUGCUAUUUGUCAAGCAAUUGUAACAACUGUUGAGAAGCUUUUAGUCGAUCCGAAAACUGGUGAAAACAUUGAAGAAGUUAUGACAAAAGUUUGCAAGUACUUGCCAACAACUGAACGAGGCAAAUGUACAAUGCUAAUGGAAAUUUAUGAACAAAGUUUCAUCGACAUUAUCAAAGCACAUGGAGAUACAAGAAAAAUCUGCAGUAAACUCUCUCUCUGCUCUUCCAAUGAUUUUCUUGUUAGGCUAGUUAAAAGUGGCAGAAAUAGGCGACAAGUGGAUGAUAAAAAUCUUGGAACAAAGCCCUGCACUUGGGGAAUAUCCUACUGGUGUGUAGAUGACAAAACAGCCGAGGAGUGCAAGGCAACUGAACUGUGCAAAAAGAAGGGCAUCCUUCCCGACGCUUCAUCAACCACCAUCAAGGCUGCUGAAACCGAAACUCGCGAUGUUGCAUCCGAAGCAGAACAGUCUGUAUCUCAAGACGCGGCAGAUUCCUCCUCUAAUUCGUCAUAAGGAAAAUAAUUAACUUUCCUAAAGUACAUGAAAAGAAAUUUUGUACAGCAAUUUUUACUAAUAUUGUAACGGCUGUACAUUGCGGAACAUUGCUAUAAUCAUUACUCCUUUUGCAUCUUUUAACCUUUUAUUACUAAUAAUUUUUAUAUUUCAUUGCAAACUCGGAGUUUCUCCACGAUUUGUCGCGCUUAAAUUUAGAUGUUUCGAUAUGGCGCGUGCAAUUAUAUGCAUAAUUUUUCAGAUUAUUAUAUAUUUAUACAAAAAAUUAUAAUUAACUGAGAAUGCAUGUUAAAAAAAAUGAACAAAAGGAACGAACAAAUACAUUCGUAAGCUGUUGAUUUGUUGCUUGGAGAAAUUUGUUAAUUUUACUAGAGAUUCAUGACAUUAAGUAAGUGUCAACAGUGGCGUUUAAACGCUUGUGGUAAAAUGCAAUGUGAUGCUGGAGUUUACUCUUAUAUUUUUAUUAUAAAAUACAUUAUCAAAUAUGAUUUUAAUUUUUGAUGUUUAUCAUGAUUGCCUUAGUUAUAAGUUAACUGUGAUAAUGACAUUUGAAUAAAGCAAAACGCUUGGAGCAGUGUUUCUUUUUCUAUAAAAUAAAAUUUUACGGUGGAAUGGCUUA